GUCAACCCCCUUCCCAUUCUCGCAUCUUCCUCGUUUCUUCUUCGUCAAUUUCAGAAGAAGUCAGGACAGAUCUGAGUGAAACAAGCUCAGGUUUUGUCUUCAUCUUGAGUCUCUACUUCCUCGGCAAUUGAAUUGAAAGAUAAGAGCUUUUUUUUUUUAAAAAAAGGCUUUACCUUCAACAUCAGCAAACCCUAAACUCGGUGUCCCAACAAGAAACACCUGAAUCCUCCUCCUCCUUCUUCCAUCUCCUUGAGAAUCAAUGGGUCAAAAGUUCUGGGACAAUCAAGAAGAUCGAGCCAUGGUGGAAUCCACCAUAGGCUCCGAAGCUUGCGACUUUUUCAUCUCAUCCGCUUCUUCCCUCACCAAGCUACUCCCCCCUCCUCCAACUGAUCCCAAUCUCCAGCAAGGCCUCCGCCACGUCGUCGAAGGCUCUGACUGGGACUACGCCAUCUUCUGGCUAGCUUCCAACGUCAACAGCUCCGACGGUUGCGUCUUGAUCUGGGGAGACGGCCACUGCCGUGUCGUAAAGGGUAACUCGGGAGACGAGCAAGACGAGACCAAAAGGCGUGUGCUUAGCAAGCUCCACUUGUCCUUUGUCGGUUCGGAUCUGGUGAAACAGGGUCCUCUCACUGAUCUCGACAUGUUUUACUUGGCGUCUCUCUACUUUUCGUUUAGGUGUGAUUCGAAUAAGUACGGUCCUGCUGGAACUUAUGUCUCUGGGAAGCCGCUCUGGGCUGCAGAUCUGCCUAGCUGCUUGAGUUAUUACAGGGUUAGGUCCUUUUUAGCUAGAUCUGCUGGUUUCAAGACUGUCUUGUCUGUACCAGUGAACUGUGGUGUUGUGGAGCUUGGCUCACUUAAACUGAUCCCAGAGGAUAAGAGUGUGGUUGAGAUGGUGAAGUCUGUGUUUGGUGGAUCCGACUUUGUAAAAACUAAAGAAGCUCCUAAGAUCUUUGGUCGUCAGCUAAGCCUCGGCGGGUCGAAACCGCGGUCCAUGAGUAUUAACUUCUCACCUAAGGUUGAGGAUGAUACUGGCUUCUCCUUGGAGGCCUAUGAGGUGGGAGGUUCGAAUCAAGUGUACGGGAAAGACGAGGCGGCGUUGUAUCUAACCGACGAGCAGAGGCCGAGGAAGAGAGGGAGGAAGCCGGCAAACGGAAGAGAAGAGGCCUUGAACCACGUGGAAGCUGAAAGGCAGAGGAGGGAGAAGCUGAACCAGAGAUUCUACGCUUUGAGAGCUGUGGUGCCUAACAUCUCCAAGAUGGACAAGGCUUCGCUACUUGCGGAUGCCAUCACGUACAUCACGGAUAUGCAGAAGAAGAUAAGGGUGUACGAAACGGAGAAGCAGGUGAUGAAGAGGAGGGAGAGUAAUCAGAUUACUCCGGCAGAGGUUGAUUAUCAACAGAGGCAGGAUGAUGCGGUGGUUAGAGUAAGCUGUCCGUUGGAGAAUCAUCCGGUUUCGAAGGUGAUACAAGUGUUUAAGGAGAAUGAAGUCACGCCUCAUGAUGCCAACGUGGCUGUAACAGAGGAGGGUGUGGUUCAUACAUUUACACUCCGGCCUCAAGGUGGCUGCACCGCUGAGCAGCUGAAGGACAAGCUCCUCACCUCUCUCGCACAGUAGUAGUUGCUUUUUAAAAGUGUAAUAGUGUUGUUAUUGAGGUUGUAUCAAUGUACUAUCACUAGCCAACCAAAACAAGAUAUGGCUUAGGAGUGUGUAUUUGUUCUUUAUGUCAAAUGUUGAGAUUUGUCUUUUACA